AUGGCAGCAGCACAUGGAGACCUGGCGCAUUUGCUGCCUCUCAACUACAAACGCCUCGUCUCAGACUGGCUGGAAGAAGACUGCCCCAGCUUCGAUUACGGCGGGUUCGUCGUCGGCGAAUCUGAUGGCGAAGCCAGAUUGCUGGGGAAGAGCAAGGGCGUGAUUGCUGGAGUCCCAUUCUUCAACGAAGUCUUCUCGCAAUUAGGAUGCACAGUCGAGUGGCACGUCCAAGAAGGCGAGACCAUCGAACCUAUCAAGCAAUGCGCCACAGUCCGAGGUCCAGUGCGCAAAAUCCUUCUGGGCGAAAGAGUAGCCCUGAAUAUACUUGCUCGCUGCUCGGGGAUAGCCACCAAAACGUCUUUCCUGGUGCAAACACUCCGCGAACACGGCUGGAAUGGCAUACUGGCUGGCACACGCAAGACAACACCGGGCUUUCGUCUCGUUGAGAAAUACGGCAUCUUGGUAGGCGGAGCCGAUCCUCAUCGCCACGAUCUCAGCUCCAUGAUCAUGUUGAAGGACAAUCACGUCUGGGCAUGUGCCAACAAUAAUGCCCGCAGCAACCGCCUUGACAACAACAGCAACCCACAACAAUCAUCAUCAGCGUCCUCAGAAGAAGAAGAAUCCAAAUCUAUCACAGCCGCAAUUCCCGCGGCCGUGCACGCCGCCAAAGCCACGGGCGGAUUCUCAACAAAAGUCGAAGUCGAAGUGCGCAGCAUCGAAGAAGCGAAUGCAGCUAUUGGCGCAGGCGCAGAUGUCAUCAUGCUCGACAAUUUCACGGCUGAUGAAGUGCGCGCAGCAGCAGCUCUGCUCAAGACUGAAUGGGCAGGCAAAAACAAACCACCAGGCUCGUUUUUGAUUGAAGUUAGUGGCGGUUUGACCCCGGAUAAUGCGGCCAAGUAUGUCUGUGAGCAUGUCGAUAUUCUGUCGACUAGUUCAAUUCAUCAGGGUACGGGCAUUGUGGAUUUUUCACUGAAGGUUUCUUUGAGGUAA